AUGCAAAUAAGUGUCAGAGAAAGUAAUAUUUAUUUUAGAAAAAGCACAUGGCCAAUAGAUGAACAAGGUCGUUCAUUAAAAACAAAUUUCUUAGCACUUGAUUGGACAGGAUUUUUUGGUUCAGGAGCUGGUGAAGGUGAACGUGUACAAUGUCCAUCAUCAAAUACUACAUUUAUCUGGACACGUCAACAAAAUCGAAUUCAUGAAAUUGAUUUUAUUAUUUCACAUGGUGCUGAUGGAUCUAUUCCAUUUGAUCAUUUACAUCUUAAUAAGGAUAAACAACAAUAUACAAUGGCAUUUAUUAUGGAAAGUGAAGUACAUUCAGGCACAGGUGAUGGUUGGGCAAGAUUUAAUUUUAAAAUGACAUAUAAUCUUGAUGAUAGUUAUCCUGAACCAGCAACUUAUUUUGAUAUGAAUCCGUAUUUAAUUGAUUUACUUGCACCACCAAUUAUACCUUUUGAAAAUAAAGAAAAACAAGCUGAUGUUGUUUGGAUUAUUUCAAAUUGUCAUGCUCACAAUGGUCGAGAAGGUUUUGUCGGACGAUUAAUGCAAGAAAUUAAAGUUGAUUCAUAUGGAUCAUGUUUAAAUAAUCGUCAUGGUUAUGGAGCUCGUAUGGUAGAUAAUUUUGAUGCAUAUAAAAAAUAUAAAUUUGUCAUAGCUAUUGAAAAUUCAAAUUGUCUAGAUUAUGUUACUGAAAAAUUAGUUUUAGCAGUACGUUCAGGAUCUAUACCUAUUGUUGCUGGUUUUAAUGGUCGUCCAGAUUAUCGACGAUAUCUACCUGAACAUUCAUACAUAAAUAUAUUUGAUUAUGCGUCAAUAAAAGAUCUUGUUAAUGAUUUAAAACGUAUUGGAAAUAAUAAAACAUUAUAUGAAUCUUACUUAUGGUAUAAAAAACAUGAUAAAGAUAUAUCGAAAUUAAGAGAACUUUCACUGACUGAAAAAUUAAAACAUUUUGCUGAUGUUAUUGGUUCGAAUGCAACAAUGAUUACAGAUGGAAUUGCAGGAAAAGAAAGAAGUGAAAAUAAAGUUUGUAAACUUAAUCGAUUUGUUCGUCAAACACCUUGGCAAGAUAUUGCUGCACAUAAGAAAACAGCAAGAGCUGAUUCGAGUAUUGCUUGUUUACGAGGUCAAUAUAUGCUAACUCAUUUCGAUUCACCUCAUACGAAUAACAGUAAACCACAUAGACCAUAA